CCCCUCUGCGCACACCUUUGUCGCAAAGCAGCCGCACCUAUCCUGAGCUCUGCGUCCUGCUCACUGUAUCCACAUCCACAUCCACUCAUUUUGCUCUUUUCCCCCACCUGACAUGCUGAGGCCCCUGGUUUACCUCCACGACUCGGAGCUUGUGGCCCGGUUCCAGAGACGAUGCGGACUCUUCCUCGCUCCAAAUGGCACCCCGGUGCGCACCGACGAACCACGUGGUAGAUGGGACCACCAGGAUACCAAUUCAAACUAUAAUCACAAGGAGAAUGGAUGUGCUGUUAGUACCUGCAGCAGACCUCAGUACGAGGUGAGGAACUGGCUCUUGCACGUCCUCUUCCUGUUCUCGGCCGGCCUGGGCCACGAGUUGUUCUACAUCACCUGUCUGCCGUGCAUCCACUGGAACCUGGACCCGUUCCUGUGCCGCCGCCUCGUCAACAUGUGGACUUUGGUGAUGUACAUCGGUCAGGUGAUGAAGGACUUGCUGAAGCUGCCUCGCCCUCUAUCGCCCCCUGUGGUGAAGCUGGAGAUGCGCGUCGAUGCCGAAUACGGGCUGCCCUCCACCCACGCCAUGGCCGCCACCGCCAUCUCCUUCACGGUUCUGCUGAGCGCUCCGUCCAGGAUACAGUUCCAGUUCGAGGUGGGUCUGCUGAUCGCCCUGACGCUGUCGUCUUUGGUGUGUCUGAGCCGCCUCUACACCGGCAUGCACUCAGUUUUGGAUGUGAUCUGUGGCGCUCUGAUCUCGGCCAUCCUCUUGUUCCUCACCUUCCCGUACUGGGAGGCCUUCGACCGUUUCCAGCUCACCAGCCCCUUCUCCCCCAUCGCGGCCUUGUCCCUGCUCUUCCUCCUCAGCUACACCUACCCAGAGCUGGACCGCUACACCACCACGCGGGGCGACACCACCACCAUACUGGGAGCAUCGGCCGGGUGCUCCGUGGGAUACUGGGUGAACCAGCAGCUGGGGCAGACUUUUGAGCCCCAGGGGUCUCUGCCGGUCCCUCUACCCACACUGACGGCCCAAUCGCUGGCCCUGGGUACCGCCCGGUACCUCGUAGGGGUCGCGGCAUUACUGGGAACCCGGCAGGUCGCAAAAACACUGAGCCUGCAGGUGUUGUAUUCAUGGUACGGAGUGCCUAAAAAUGACAAAAGUGCCCGGAGGAGGAGAGAGAUCGAAGUGCCGUACAAGUUUGUCACAUACACAACUGUUGGACUUGUCAAUUCUAUAUUAGUCAAUAGAGCCUUCAUUCUACUGGGCCUUCUAUGACCCAAUGAUUUGAACCUGUCAUAACACAAAUGUACCUUAUAUUUAUUUAAAUGUGUCAACAAAUGACCCUUUUUUAAUUUUACUUGUAAAGCCAGCUGGGAAUGAUUUACAAAAAUGUAACUGAACAGAAAGCAAUAAAAGGUUUUGCUCGCAUU